AUGCACCACGGUGCUUACCCACGGUCGAUAUCCAACUUGCCUCUGCUGCGAUCCACUGUUGCACCCAAACGUCCGAUUGCGCACUCUCCGAAAUCACCACCGUCGACCUGCCGGCACUACAGACAAAUCCCCGAGGAAGAGUAUCGCCGCCGCCUCGCCGAAGCGCGACCGCUCCUCUCAAACAGACGCGCAAAGACACUCGAAACGAUUGGCACAACGAAGCAGCAUCGAACAUUCAUCCUCCUCUGCGUCGCGGCCGCGGUCGUCUUCUACUUUGCCAACUCGCAAAAGGUCCCCGUCACCGGGAGGAGGCGAUUCAACUUCCUCAGCGAGGACUGGUUGACGAUCUUUGGCGUAUCGGGCGACGCGUACGAACAAGAGCUCCGGAGAGAAGGUGUCCGGUUUGCUCCCAAAUAUGACUGGCGAUAUGCACGGGUCAUGGGUGUGAUGCAGAGGCUCGUCCCUGUCAGCGGCCAAGCGGACAAAGACUGGAAAGUCCACGUCAUACUCGAUGAUGGCGCAGCGAACGCCUUUGUCACACCAGACGGCCAUGUCUUUGUCUUCAGUGGCAUCAUCAACCUCUGCGGCAACAUCGAUUCCCUCGCGACCGUCCUAGGGCACGAGAUUGCCCACAAUGUCGCCACUCAUUCAGCGGAGCGAUUGUCGGCAGCAAUCAUUGCCAACCUCACCAGUGGAAGUCUGUUCCUCCUCUUGGGGCUCCUACCAGGUCUGACUCUGGCCGGACUCUGGACACUUACUGGUGGGCGGUAUGUGCAAAGUCUCAUAUACGACCUGCCCAUGAACAGGAAGCAAGAGACAGAGGCGGACUACAUCGGGCUAAUGAUGAUGGCCGAGGCCUGCUACGAUCCCCGCCACUCGAUUGGAUUCUGGGAGCGGAUGAAAGUCGUCCAGUCGCAAAGCCGAGGAUAUGAGGUGCCGGAGAUGCUGAGUACGCAUCCUUCUGACGGCUCCCGCAUCGAGAAGCUGACCCAGUGGCUGCCCGAGGCCAUGGAGAAGUGGCAGGCCAGCGACUGUCAUGGUGGCCAAGGCGCAAUAGCACGCCAGUUUAGAGACGCGCUCUCACAUAGGAGAUUCAUGGGCGUGGCAUGGUACAUUGCAGUCCCCGGCGACUGGAGGCUGAGCAUACCGUAG